AUGCUGUGUUGGCAUGCAGGUCUUUACAACUCCAGCCGUUCAUCAGGGUCCGGCGGAUUACGGCUGGUAACCAUGUUCGUUUUCUUGUUGAGUUUGAUGUCUCAUUAUUUGUGUAUCGUGCAGCAGGGCCGUAGAGGUUGGAUGCUCGCCUCGGCCAUCUUCGCCUUCUUCAUGGACGUGUGGACAUUUCACCUGCUGAGCGCAUUAUCCAACUUUGUCAUUGCGUUCACGACGGAAGCCUGGUAUUUCAAUGGCGGCGGUGUUUUUGGAAAUGCUCGAUCCUCGUGCGGUGCCUGCACGGCUUACUGGAGGGCCUUGCGGUAUCAUUCGGGCUCGUUGAUCCUCGGUUCAUUGGUGGUCGGGCUCUUGUACCCCUUACGGACAGUCCUCGGUGCGAUCACGGCCACCGCGCGAAUCAAUGACGGCUGCGCUGGCCGAGUUUUCCGAUCGUUGUGUUGUUUGAUCCCGAAUUGGUUUGAAGAUUAUUUGGGACAAUGGGACAAGCAUGCCUUCAUGGAGAUGGCCAUGGUCUCGAAGCCUUUCUGCGAGUCUGCUGAAGACGGCUGGGAUCUGCUCCUGGAGCAGUACCGCGACGCAGCGACUGUCUUGAAUGCCACAACCAAGGUCUUUCAGCUUGCUGGUAUUUGCGCAGCCGCGAGCAUUGGCAUGCUCACAAGCUGGCUGUCGUACAGAUGGGUUAUCAUAGCCGACGGUUUCUAUGACCCCGACGACCCUCACUUUGUUGAGAAUGCGGAGCUUGUCUUCGUUGGUGGCGGCGUGAUUGCUGGCCUUGUCUCUAUUCCUUACCUCGCGCUGUUAGACACCGUCUCAGAUUCUAUCCUGUAUUGCGAUGCUAUGGUGAAGCAGUACAGCCAGGCAGCCCAGGCAGCCCAGGGAGGGUGGCUGGGGGAUGCCGGCAGCUUUGUCGCAGACAUGGGUUGCGCCUGCGCCGGGCAACGUGCGAAGGGCCCGCGGGAGCUCACGCUGGAACUGGCAGAUGCGGGCGGGCAGUGA